AUAGGGGUUUGUCGUAGAGAGUUCAUUCUUUUUUUGUUUAAAGAGGAAAAGAAACUACAUCGACUGACCGGCGUCGAUUUUUGAAUUAGGUGUUAGUUUUUUUGUCGAACGGAGGAUUUUUAGAAAAUCCGGAAGGCUUUUUCGGGUUUUGGAGGUUGUUGGUUGCCUGGAAAAUCAAUAAAGACUUAAUUAAAAAAUCGGCGCCGGUCAGUCGAUGUAGUUAGGUAUCUAGUUUAAAAUAAUACAAACUCGAACUCUCCAGCUUGAAGUAUAUUAAAAAAUCUUGGGACGCCGUUCAGGGUCCUUUUUGGACCUUGAUCUCUAGAAAACUCCUAAACCGUAAGACUUAGAGACAAAAAAAUUUUUUCAUUCCCGUAACUCAUUGUGCCGAACAUUUAUGGAAAGUUUCGUCAAGAUCGGAUGCACGGUGUCGGAGAUAAUUUCUGAGGAGGGGGGGCCCUUAAUAGUAUUCAAAACUUUUGCUAGCAAAUAAUUUCGAAUCCAGGCUGUAAAAGCAGAGACUAAUAGAAAAUUUCAAGCGCUAUUAGAAUAUGGGAUUAUUUUUCUAAAAGUAUAUCUUCAUAAGGAAAGUAUCUUAAAAAAACUGUGUGCAACUAUUUUUUUCCAGGCGUACAGAAUUUUUUUCCCGUUUGCUGAUUAACUGCUAAUUUUAUUUAUGUUCUUGAAUAUAAUUUUUAUAUUUUCAUAUUUUAUAAAGGAGUUAUUCAAUUGCCUAGAAGACCUCGUCAAUCAGUGCGUAAAAAUUCAGUAAAUCAAUCAACUAGCAUCCUUCCUACUAUUAAUUAUGAUAAUACGAAAUAUCCAGAAAUUUAUACUCAUGUACUACCAAAAUCACCAUCAAUUAAACGUCGAUCUCGAAAACAUGUUCGAUUCGCAUUACAACUAGAAUCUGUACCAGAAGAAUCUGUUCGUUUACUUUCAGCCAAUCCAAAAAAUAUUACAAAACCACAUUUUCAUGAAGAAGGACCACUUUAUGGUGAGUAUUCGGAAUAUAUUAUGCAACAGGAUUCAUUAUUUACUCAAACAUUACCCGAUGUAGAAAAACAACCCACAAUUUUACAAAAUAGAAAAACCAAUUAUUAUGUUGUGCAAUCACAAAAAAAUAAUUCAGAAACGACGAUGGUCGAUACAUCAAUAAAAAUGCCUCGUAUAAUACAAAAAGUACCAGUUCCAAUAAAACAUGAUGGAAGAGAUUACCCACUCUCAUCACUAACUCAACCACCGCCUAUUAAACGUCCUGUUCCUCCUCGUCCUCAACCACCAAGACAACAACACUACAAUAAUCCAACAAAUACAACAAUAUCUCAAGUAGUAUCGGUUCGUUCACCAAAUCGAGUCGAUUAUGCUCUUCCAUUUUUUCCAACGAAUCGUGGACGAAUUAUUCAACAACAAAAUAAACCAACACCAUUAAUUAGUAAUUAUCUAUUAUCAAAUAAAAUAGCUGAAAUUGUCUUAGAACCAUCAAAUAAUUACAGUAAUGAACUUAUUCAAAACUGGAAUCAACACUAUUUCACAGAAAAAAGUCUAGAUGGAAUGAAAAAAUCAUCUACACUGCAAAAAAAACAAUUAUCAGAAAUUGGAGGCCAUGUAUCAGACAAAUAUCCUUUGAUAUCUACAACAACACGUUCCGAUAUUUUAGGUCAAACAGUGCAUUCACAUAUAUAA